CAGCACAAAUUGAAGUGAUACCAUGCAAGAUUUGUGGUGACAAGUCCUCUGGAAUACACUAUGGAGUCAUCACAUGUGAAGGCUGCAAGGGAUUCUUUAGGAGGAGUCAGCAGAACAAUGCCUCAUACUCCUGCCCAAGGCAGAGAAACUGUUUAAUUGACAGAACCAACAGAAACCGUUGCCAACACUGCCGACUGCAGAAGUGUCUUGCCCUAGGAAUGUCUAGAGAUGCUGUAAAAUUUGGAAGAAUGUCCAAAAAGCAGAGGGAUAGUCUGUAUGCCGAGGUACAGAAGCAUCAACAGCGGCUGCAGGAGCAACGGCAACAGCAGAGUGGCGAGGCUGAAGCCUUGGCCCGAGUCUACAGUAGCAGUAUCAGCAAUGGCUUGAGCAACCUGAACAAUGAAACUGGUGGCACUUAUUCAAAUGGGCAUGUCAUUGACCUGCCGAAAUCUGAGGGCUAUUACAAUGUGGAUUCUGCCCAGCCCUCCCCAGAUCAGUCUGGCUUAGACAUGACUGGAAUCAAGCAGAUCAAGCAGGAACCUAUCUAUGACCUCACUUCUGUACCAAACUUGUUUACCUAUAGCUCUUGCAACAAUGGGCAAUUAGCUCCAGGAAUAACCAUGGCGGAAAUAGAUCGAAUUGCACAGAAUAUCAUUAAGUCCCAUUUGGAGACGUGCCAGUACACAAUAGAGGAACUACACCAGCUAGCCUGGCAAACCCACACAUAUGAAGAGAUCAAAGAAUACCAGAGCAAGUCAAGAGAAGCAUUGUGGCAGCAGUGUGCAAUCCAGAUCACACAUGCCAUUCAGUAUGUGGUGGAAUUUGCAAAGCGGAUAACAGGCUUCAUGGAGCUCUGUCAAAAUGAUCAAAUUCUACUUCUCAAGUCAGGCUGCUUGGAAGUGGUUUUAGUGAGAAUGUGCCGUGCCUUCAAUCCACUCAACAACACUGUUCUGUUUGAAGGAAAAUAUGGAGGAAUGCAAAUGUUCAAGGCAUUGGGUUCUGAUGACCUGGUGAAUGAAGCAUUUGACUUUGCAAAGAAUUUAUGUUCCUUGCAGCUGACUGAGGAGGAAAUUGCAUUGUUUUCAUCUGCUGUUCUGAUAUCACCAGAUCGAGCUUGGCUGCUAGAACCAAGGAAAGUCCAGAAGCUUCAGGAAAAGAUUUAUUUUGCACUUCAGCAUGUGAUCCAGAAGAAUCAUCUUGAUGAUGAGACUUUGGCAAAGUUAGUAGCCAAGAUACCAACUAUCACUGCACUUUGCAACUUGCACGGAGAAAAACUGCAGGUAUUUAAACAAUCUCAUCCCGAUAUAGUGAACACACUGUUUCCUCCAUUAUACAAGGAACUGUUCAAUCCAGACUCUACCACUGGCUGCAAGUGA